ACUACAUCGAGCAACUUGUCUUGAACGCGUGAGUUGUAAACAAAAUUUUUUAUUAUUAUUCUCAUGAAUAAUUAAUACAUUUCAUUGUGUUAUUGAAUACAUAAACAUUUCAUGAGUGUUUCGUUUGUUUCCUAUGUUCUAGCUGUAAAAUUAAGCAGGGGUGCUAUAACAAUGAGCUGAACAUAGUUUUUAUCAUUAGAAUAUCCAUAGGGAAAGAGUUGAAAAUGGUUUAGAACAGAUUGAAGAACAGAUGCUCUUGAAUUAUUUUAUGACAGGCUAGUUCCCCCGAUGACCCUCCAGACUUAACGUUAAGUCCCGACCCAAGCCAACCAAACACAGUCAUGACACCAUCUGAGCCUGUCUUCGUAGAUCGUCAAAUGCCAUUGGAUCAUGCAACGACACCCAAAAGGGCCUUGACCUUUAGCUCGCCUGUGCAACAGAGGAAGAAACUUAAAGAGAAGAGCAAACCAAAGACACCUAGUGAAACUGAAAUUAAGGUUUGGAUUCUUUUUUUGUCUGUUAACCUGAAAUUAAGGCUUGCACACUUUUUCUUAUGUUUUGGCAUGUAAGAAAGAAAAAUUUAUUUCUGAUAAAUUCGGCAGGCCGCAAAAUUUACACGAAAUCCAAAAUUCAAUUGACAAAUCAUAAUGUGAUUAACUCUAUUAGCUUGCAUAGUUUCAAUGAGUAAUAUGGGGUGGUUUGAAUUUAGAUUUUUUUGUCUCUCCAGGUUGACAGCGAGAUCCUAAUAAAUAAAGCCAAGGACUGUCUGAGUGUUUGGACAGAGUGGUUCAAUGGUCACCAAGCUGAUCUACUCACUUGGGAGGAUGGUGCUUUCAGAGGAG